UUUCAGCUUUUUUGUCUUGUAUGUGAAUCAAUAAACAAAACAAAAGAAGAGAGAGAUAGAAGAGGCAGUCGUCAUCUUUAAUCAUUCAUAUCAAAAGCUGACGCGAGUCAAGUGUAGAAGAAAAAAACGCUUUUUUGCCUUAGACGAGAGACAACAUAAUCGAAUCAAUGCAGUACAAAAUAAACACGCGAACCUGAGAUAAAGAUGAGGAUUUAUCAACUCUAAUUGUUUGCAUUACAAAGAUAAUUAAUUGAGUUUGUUCGUGUUCAACGUCAAUUAAUUUCAACAGUUUUCUUCCUGGGAGAGGACACGAAUCGACAAAAUAAAAGAAAAAAUAUAAAAAAGAAACUUUCAACCCUCAUUUAAUCUCCUCCCAUAAAAGAAAUUUCAAGAAUAUUAAUUUGAAAAUGAUUUCGAAACGAAGAAUCAGCACAGUUCUACUGGUGCUUUUUUGUGGAACUUUUGUAGCAACACAAAUGAAUGAUGACUUUAAGUUUGAAGCUGAUGACUUACAAAUUGUUAAUUCUGAUCCUACGGAAGCUAUCAUGAAGACACCAUCACGUUAUCUUUACGCCAAAGAAGUCGCACAAUGUCCGUCUGGUGAGAGUAAAACAAUUUUGACACUUUUGCUGAAAUCUCUAAGAUGGAGCGAUGUCAGCGAAAGAAAGAAAGAAAAGGCUAUUAAGAAACUGUCACGUUUCUUCAUGGUGCCAAGGCAAUUUAUUACGGUCAGCGAUAUUCACACGUCGGAGAUUCUUGAAAUGUUAAAGCAUUCGAUUAACAAAAGUAAUAAUCUUCUGAAUACCAAAGAAAGUGUUGCUCGUAUCGAGUUUAUGAUUGGCUGUGGUGAUAAACUUUUCUCAAAUGGCAAAACCAUAGCACAUCAAAUCAACGAACAGGUAAAGGAAGGUGGACUUGAUGAACUUUCAGGCUUGCCAUUUAACUGGUGGAAUAUUUGGGCGAAACACGUAAAAAGCCGCGUUCAAAGAACUCGCAGACAAACUGACGGUUCCGGUAAUUACGAAGAUGACGAAUAUUAUGAGGAUAUUGAUGAGGAAGGAGAUGAAAAUGAAGAUGAGGAGGAAGAAGAUUCAAUUCCUGAAGAAGAUACAAUUGUGUCUCCACGUUCUCGUCACUAUCAGCAUAAGAAAAAUUCUUCAAAGAGAAAACAGAAGAAAAUUUCCGUAGCACAAGUUCAAGAUGAGCCUUCGAUGAAUACAGAAGAGUCAGAACGUGAUGUGAUUGCAGUUGAAAUUCCCCAAAUGGCCGUUGAAGAAUCGCAAUCAUUGCCAGCUGAGACUGAGACAACACUUUUGGAAUUAGAACAAAGAACGCAACGACCUGUCACAGUAGAAACGGCGAUAACGCCAAUCGAUGUCAUUGAGAAUAUAAAAUUGGAAUCAUAUGUCAAUAAGACAAUUGUGAAUGACAAUAACGUCGUUGAUGUUCCAAUUUAUCAAGACAAAGAUCAAAUUCUGGAAGAAGUGAAGAAAAUCAUUGCCGAACCACCAACAGAAUCUACGACGACUGUUGCCAUAGAAACUGAAGAAUAUAUUUCGAUAACUCCACAGCACGUUUACAUCCCUGACACUUCCUUAGGCACGACAUCAACAACAGCAGCACCAACAACGUUGAUGGAAGAAGAAAUCACUACGAAAACAUCAACAUUAACGACUGAUGCUGUUGUUUCUAUGGCAACAACACCAAUUACACCCGAAGCUGAAACAAUUUUCGUUCCAAUCAUUACAAAAAACAAUGAAAAUAUAAUUUAUGAUGAAAAAUCGUCAAUUGUAACGACAACGGAUAGUUCGAUGCUCGAGGAUGUAAUCACGGAACAAGCUUAUGAAACAUCAACUCACACUCCCAUAACUUCGACAUCAACAACAUCAAGCACAACAAAGACUUCAACUGAAAUCCUAACAACAACAACUGAACCUCCCACAUCAACUUUUAGAAUUGUAGAUGUGACUCUUAUGGUGGAUAAGAUUUCCCAAGCGACAACAAAUGCGGAGGAGAACGAGAUAGAUGAGAAAACGGAAUCGAGAUCGAAUGUUCGUGAAGAAAAGAAGAAACCAGAAGAAGAAUCAGAAUCAAAUUACGAUGAUGAGUAUGACGACACUUUACCGGAAGAGAAUGUCGUUGAUGUAGAGAGUGCUGCGCCAACAACGACAACGCAAGCUCCGACAACUGUAACAACACCAAGAAGAACAACUUUCCGUGUGACAACACCCGAGAUUAUAGAAUAUCCGUCAACAACGGAUGAAGAAGUUGAAGAAUCUGCUCCAUCAACAGUUCCAGCGAGGUCAACAGAUGCUGUGACAUCAGAGGCACCAAGUUUGUCAGUAUCAUCAGAACCACCAAUUGAAGCUGUUGAUUAUGAAGAUGCAAAUAUUCCACCACGUGUUGAUAGAAGAAUCCAAAAAUCAGCUGCAACUGCUGGAAAACCUUUCGUCAUAAAAAUCGACGAAAAUGUUUUCUACGAUGAAGAAGACAAAACAGAUUUGACUUUGAAACUUCUUACGAAAGCUGGUCAAUUGAUUCCAGCAUCAUCAUGGAUUCGUUACGAUCCGGAGAAGCGUGAAAUUUAUGGACUUCCAUUAGAGUCAGAUGUGUCACGUUACGAGUUUAAAUUACGUGCAACUGACAGUUAUGGUGACUAUGUUGAUGAAAAUGUUGACAUCACUGUUCAACAAUACAAAGGCUAUCGAAGUGCAAACCAUGAAAUUUACAUUCAAGUGAAGUUGGAAAAGAAUUACGAGUCACCAGUGGAUUGGCAAAUUCGACUAGUUCGUGGACUUGUUGAAGCACUUGAUGAUGAAUCAACAGCAUCAGUUAUUGUACGAGAAGUUCGACCGAACAAAUAUGAGUCUAACAUGUUUACUUUUGUUUACACAAACGAAACUUUACCGAAAGAUCAUUGUCCAAAGGAAGAACUUGAACAAUUAAUGACAAGUUUAACGAAGCAAGCUUUGAAUGAAGUUAUGAGACGAGAAAUCACUGUGAGAAAUGUUGAGAAAGAUCUUGUAGGAUCGUGUCAAGAAACGGUGACUCCAAAAGUGUAUUCGAUACCAACCAACACUAAAAACUUCCCACCCACUGUCAGAAAUCCUGUUGAUCUUGUCCCUGCUUAUGUGGGACAAUUAUUGGUAUUUGAAGUGCCUAAAGAUACAUUCCACGAUCCUGAAGAUUUCACCGAUCUUAAGUUGACACUUUUGCAUGGAGACAGAACAAAGUUAGAGCCCAAUCAUUGGUUGCAAUUUGAUGCAAAGAAUCGUGAGUUUUAUGGUGUGCCAAGCAUCACAGAUAAGACCCAACAAUAUAUUCUCGUGGCUGAAGACAAAAGUGGCUUGCACACAAACGAUGCUUUGGUCGUUGAAAUAAAAAAUGGAAAUUAUAAGCGUGAUCAUAGUGCGACAUUUGAAUAUCAAUUGGAUGUGGAUGAAUAUCAGUUCUCGCAUGCAGCAACAAAGAGAAAGUUCAUUGAAGGUGUGGCACGAGUCUUCCAAGAUUCAGACACAAGUCAUAUUCUUCUAAAGAUGGUGAAGAGAAUUCAAUAUGCUGGACGGACAGCUGUGGUUCUUCAAAACUCGACUUUGUAUCGACAUCGUGAAUGUCCACACAAUGAAAUCAAUAAAUUACAAAAUAUUCUAUUGCAUCCUGAUAAAAGUGUUCGUGAUGAAGUGAAAGCCACAAUUGGAAAUGAUUUUAAUGUUCAGAAGAUUACUGUUGCACCUUCAGGUAAAUGUGCUGCUGGUGAUGGUCAUCAUCAUCCAGAAGAAAUUACUCCAAGACCAGAAGAUCAAGAAACUCCAAUCAUCAAUCAAGAUGUUCUCGUCACUUAUGUCUUACCUUCGGCGAUUAUUCUUCUUAUGUUGUUGAUUGCAUUACUCAUUGCAUGUCUUCUUUAUAAGCGUCGUAACACUGGAAAGAUGGAACUCGGUGAUGAAGAAGAAAGAAAAUCUUUCCGAUCGAAAGGAAUUCCCGUGAUUUUCCAAGAUGAGUUAGAAGAAAAGCCUGAAAUUGUUACUAAAUCGCCAAUCAUUUUGAAAGAUGAAAAGCCGCCACUUUUACCUCAGUAUAAUGGACUGAAUAAUGAAGGUGAUGAUGACAACAUGGAUCAAUAUAUUCCGCCGCAACCAUUACUUAUGGGAAGUCGUGAGUCUCGUGGAAAAUCGCCAGUAACUCCAAGCUACCGCAAACCACCUCCAUAUGUCUCGCCAUAAAAAGGAAAUUAAUGAAUCAUUUUCAGUUUUUCAUAAUCUUAAAUUUUUAGUUUUUUUUAUUCGACAACAAGAAAAAAGUGAAAUCACUUUUAAAAAUGAGGAAUUUUAGUCAUUAAUGAAAAGAAGAAAGGAAUAAGAAUGUUAAUUCUCAAUCUCUAAGUAGUAUCGUUACUCUUAAUUUUGAUUAAUGAAACUCUUCUAGAUAAAUUGGGAAAGCUUCAAAGUAAUGUCAUCCACGCAUAAAUCUUUUAGUGGACCACCACAUCAAUUAAAAUUAGACGAAAUUUACCACAAAAGAAUUUGAUAAAUUUACACAUUGUACUACUAUUGAGAGUAAAUCAUAAAGAAAUCAUGCGAAAACAUUGAUUUACUUAAAGUAAAAUAUAAAAAUAAAUAUUACGAAAUUAUCUGAAAAUAUCGAACAGACUUCGCUUUUGAUACUUCUUGAAAAGGAAAUUAAAAAUUUUCUUCGAAAUCAAAUGGUUAUUGAAGGACGAAUAAAUAUCAUUUAGCACACACAAACAUUAAAACACACAAGAUGAAUGAUUGAAAGCAUAUAAAAUGUAUGUUGGUGAUCAUAAAUCUGAGAUUAAAAAUUUCAGAAACGACUUUCGAUCGCUAAUAAGAAUGGAAAGAUGAAGUAAAUGUAAAUAGACUUAAAGAAUUAAUCAUUAAAUUGUAGUCAUUUGCGUUCGUUUCUUAAAUUUACAAAUAGAAAUGAGUUUAAGGAACAUUAAAUAAUUUUACUUUUGUAGUUUUGAUAUGCAGCUAAUUAACAAUUUACAAAUGAAAUAUGUUUUGAAGCACAAGGAAGUUUGAUUUGAUCUUUUUCUUCUUUCUAAUCUUUUUUUCUCAACUGCCAUAUUAUGGAUUAUAAUUAUAACUGCUUAAGACUUAAGUAACAAGAAACAUUUUUACGAUUCUUUUUGAUGGCUGAAAGUAAAAUGAAAAUGAUUCACGAAAAUCAAUUCACUGCCCUUGAAGAAUUCAAACAUUUUCAUUUCUCAUCAAUCAAAGCAGAAAUUAUAAACAGGAAUGAAAUUCAAAGAUUUUCAAAAUAUCAAUAAUGUCGUCGACUUCCAAAGUAUCAAGUUCUGAAUAAAAUUGCGUGAACAAAUAAUUAAAACAAGGAAUUGCUUGCGUUAGCAAAUUGAUUAUCAAAUGAAAAAAAAAACUUAUGACUUAUGCAAAAUUCAAGCUGAAUAAUAUCAUUAAAAAUUCCUAUAAAGAAUAUAAAAGCCAUUUGAUACCUAAAUAAAUAGAAAAAGUAUUAAUUUUGAUAAAAUUUUGAUUAAAUAGUGUCAGACAUCAGCUCACAUUUGUAGUCGAAUUUACCAUCACGAAUCAUGCGUGUCUAUUUUUUUUUCAUUCUCAGUUCGUAGUUGGAUAUUUUUGUAACGCAACAAAAAUUCAUUGAGGAAAAUUCUUCUCCUGACAAUUAAAACUAAAAGAAAGAUCAUCAAGGUUAAAUAUCUAAAGUAUCAGUAAGAAGGAAACUGAAGAAAAUAGAUUUUAAGUAUUGUAAUCUUUCAAUUUUUGAUACCUAAUAAUGUUUCCUUUUGCUAUCGUCUAAAUAAUAAUAAUAAUUAAUUAAAGAAGUGGAAAUCAAUGAAAGUACUAUUUAGCUGAAACAAAUAUUUGGCGCAAAAAUAUCCAAGUACAUAACUAAAUUAUACACACAAAAAAAUUAUUGGAACAAAUACGAGACAAAAUAAUAAAAUGAAAAACUGUUAAUUGGCUUUUUGUAUAGAACGAUGGAAUUAAUUGAGAAAUUAUAUUCGGAUGAUGAAAUUAUAUUUAACGAUAGGUUACCAAAAAUAAAACAUGAAGAAGAAAGAAUGAGAAUGAAUCAAUAAAGAUACAAUAAA